GCCCAUCAUGCACUUCCGAGCUUUGCGAGCAUUAUGCGUUGGGUACCUGAGUGUCUAUGUUGACGCGGCGCCGUCUAGCCGUGGCUCCGACUUGCUCUCGGUAGUAACUCCUCGUGCGAACUGUGUGCCUAGCCAACUCUCGAGCGAUACAUGGAAGAAGGAGGGCGUCGACAGCUUCUUGGCCAACGCCGCGAAACACUAUACGGAAUACUCCUCCGACAAUGUCCAAGCUUUGGGGGCGUACUUGGGUGCUCCCAACUUCUUUUGCGGAGUCAAUCUGUGGUGCAACGCCGGCCAGCCGUGUACACCAGUCACUCUCCCCGGAUGGUAAGCUAUACGCCCAACUUCCUGUCCUAUUCGCUUUCUUCUUGUACUAAAGAGUAACACAAGGUAUGCUUUGAUGGGCGUCCAAGGCUGGAACAACUACGUCAACAAUCUCAACCUCGCCGUCACGUACGCUGCCACCAUCCUAAGCCUGAAACUCGCAAAGGUAGUCGACGACCUAUGGCCAGCAAAAAAGGACAACGUCACCCCCAUGAAACAGUUCCUGGCAUGGGUCAACGGCAUCCUAAACGCCUUCCCGACCACGGCAGCACUCGGCGCUACCGCAGGCAGCAUCGCCAGCACCGUCCAAGGCGGCAACAUCAUUGCGGGUGGAAUGAUGCUGGCGCCCAGCGCAGGCGGUCAGUUCCUGCGAUGGAGUGACUUGUCUAGCCAGAUGGGCGGGAAAGUGGACGAGUAUAAGCAGGCGAUCGGAACGUACGCGAAGAAGGUUAUUGAUGCGCCCAUCGAUGAUCCGACUUGGGGUAUCAACAAGGUCCUGAGCGGCGGUGGUUACCUAUCCCGCCAGAGGAACAUCACUCAGGACGAUUUCGAUACAUGGAUGUACAAGACCGUCAGCGUCAACGCCAUGGCGCUGCUGAUGCAGGCACAGAAUGUGUACAUUAUCCGCACUUUCAAUAAGACGGCGUGUGAUGGGUCAUCUGCUGCUAUCUUGUGCAGACAAGAGGCGAACAGCAAAUGGACUGAAUGGCGGUUCCAGAGGCACGAUAGCGAUGAUGAGGUGCCCGAGCACCGGCUUGCUGAGAAGCUUGUCCAGACGUAUGGGCUUACCAAGGAGGAGAUCUUGCAGGGGCCCACGGACUGCUUUGAUAAGCAUGAUUAUGAGCAGUUGACGAACCCGUGGGAGACUGUGUCGGAGAAGGGCGUUGGGCUGGAGCCGGUGCAGUUGUGCAACUUUAAUGUCAAUGUGUGUAAUAUGGAUGCGGCGGAGGGAGGUGAGUAUGGGCCGACUGAUGUGUAUGAGCCUGGUCAUUCGGACUGGAUGUGUGAGCUGCAGGGAAUCACUUGGACUUAGC